AUGGCACGGAAUCCAACAACAAAUGCCAGCCCACGCGAAAUCGCAGCCAUAGAUCUGAAUCGGGUCCUCGUUCGCCUAGAGCAUCAGCUUCUCUCCGUAGAUGCAGACCCUAAACUUCAACAUUCCAGCUUCGAGCGCAACAAAACUUCCUCCAAUCUUGAGUAUGCUCGUACCCUUCUCCUCCGUCUUGAGCACGAUGCCUCUCGUCAAAAGAUCACGUCCCGUAAAGCCGCCGCCGAGUCGACGCUCUCUCACCAACGCGCCCUUCUCAAGCGCCUGACGGAUCGCAUGCACAAGAUAGAGCAAACCGGCGAUGAGGCAGAUGACUACAGUGACCACUCAAAUGAUCUGCUGGACUCAGAUAACGAAGGAGAAAACCAAGUGAAAUCAGCAUUUGCAGAAGCACCGGCUCCAGCUUCUACAGCUGCCCAAAAUUCCGAUCGUCCCCCUUCUCCCGGUGCUGGUCUACGUAAUCGCUUUGCUCCUUCAGCUUCUUCACAAAUCAAAGACGAUCUUCCAUCUACGGACGAAGACAAUACCACAGCGACGCUCCUACAAUCCUCUGAUCUCGAAGCCUCUCAGUUGACAAGCUCCCUUCUCUCCUUGGCCCAACAACUCAAAGCCUCCACUCAUACCUUCUCCGACUCGCUCAAAGCCGAUGAUGAAGCACUUCGACGAGCUACUGAGGGUUUGGACAACAAUGAGACGGCGUUGGAGGCGGCAGGGAAGAGAAUGGGAAUGUUGAGGAUGAUGAGUGAGGGACAGGGGUUGUGGGGAAGGAUGAUGUUAUAUGCAUGGAUCGCAGGGCUGUGGGUGGCUGCCAUUUUGUUGGUCUUUGUAGGGCCGAAGUUGAGGUUUUGA